AUGGCGUCCUGGUUUUCAGUGCGUGAGGCUCUUGCGGCCAUCAGAAUAACAGUAUCCUGGUUGACACCCUUUGCGAAGACCUGAAGAAGGCCCAAAGAAACGACGGUAAGCAGGAGGAGAAUAGAUUUUAAAAAAAGAAAAAAGAAAAACGCUUAGAGCCAUGGUAAACCAGCAACAUGAUCUCGUUUUACCUCAACGAGGUUCUUGUCAACAGUCAACUUGUUCAGGGUCAAAGUUCCGGUUUUGUCACUGCACAGGACAUCCAUGCCGGCCAUUUCCUCUAUAGCAGUCAUUCUUUUAGUAAUCGCUCCCUGCAAGAGAUUGCUUCCCAUUAGUGGUCCUACCGGAUCAAAAAAUGAAGUCAAGUACAGCGUCGCAUUCACCAACCUGCUGAGCUAGUCUGUGGGAGCCGAUAGCCAUCGUCACAGAGAGGACAGUGGGCAUUGCGAUGGGGAUUCCACCGAUCAGAAGAACCAGGAGGUUGUCAAUUCCAGGGCGGUAG